AUGAUGCCGCUCUCCGCCGGGUGUGUGGCCUAUUGCUCCUCCUCGCUCGAUAGCCACGUCUUCGCCAAGCCCUUCACGCCUGCCUCGGCGCCGCACCGGAACGACCCGUACUCGCCGUGCCUGCUGAAAAGCAGCUGCACCCCGGAGGACAGCUUCUACGCGUGCUACAGUGAGGUGGAGGAGACUCCCGAAGUGGUGGCGGUGAACCCUGCAAACACGCCGAUCCGCUCGCACGUCGUGGGCCAGAAGGCUGCGUUGCCGACCGAAACCCAGGCGCUGCUCAAGUUGAUGUCAAAAGCGACCGCCUCUUCGUCCCCCUUCACGUCCCCAAUGGCGACGCCGCUGAGGACGGCGGACAGUAUGGAGCAGUCUCCCGCAUCUUUGUUAGCGGGUGGAGGACUGACGACAGCCCCGUCGUUGGCCUCCACGCCGGAGCGCGCCGCCUCGCCGUCAUCCCGCCAGCCGCCUGCCACCUCGGCCCGUGUGAUUCGCAAGGUGGUGAGCUGUGGCGUGGACCGCACCUCGGGUCGCCCGGUACCAAAACCGAAGGACUAG